AUGGGAGAAGAACAGAAAAAACGCAGGUAUCAGAGAACAGGAAAAGGAAAUCCAAGAGGCCAAAAGAGACGACGAAUCACAGAGGCCAAGGCAGAGCCUCAGUCACAAACAAGAAAGCAAAGGAUGCAGAAAGUAUUGGUACCUUCAGGGAAAGAAACCGAGUGCCCUGUCAACCCUGUGACUGAAGCCCUCCCUUUGUUGGCCUUCCCCCCAGAAGCCGAGCCUGCAGAACACUGUGCUGAAGCACACCAAGAAAGCAUUCAGUGCCAGGGCAUAGCAAUACAGAACCAUCCUCAAGCACCCAAACGUAGGGCCAAACCUGAAGACCUCUCUCCUAACAUGUGCCAAGAAAUAGCUGUACUUCAACAUUGUUCUCAAAUGUGCAGAGACACGGCUGAACCUGAGACACUUUCUUCUGAAAUGUGCCAGGAAACAGCUCUGCCCCUAAACCAUUCUUCUAAAGCACCCCAAGAUAUGGCUGGGCCCGAGGUUCUCUCUCCUGAAGUGUGCCAGGAAACAGCUGUGCCGGAAAACCAUUUUUCCAAAGCACCCCAAGAUGUGGCUGGACCCAAGGCACUCUCUCCUGAAGUGUGCCAGGAAACAGCUGUGCUUCAGGAACAUACUUUGAAAAUGUUCGAAGAUAUGGCCAGACCUGAAGUUCUCGCUCCUAAAACACACCAAGAGAUGGCUAUUGUUCCCUGGACAACACUUGGAGAUGCUGCUGGCCCAGAAGGAUGCUCUCCUGAAGUACUCCCCCAGUCAGAUGUGCCUGAAGUCUGUCCACUUGACACAUGCCCCAAAUCAGUUACACCAGACAAAACUAUUUCCCAAGAAGACCAGGGAAUGGCUGUGACUGAAGGCUGCUUUCCCAAGACACGAGAAUGCACUGUGUCUGAAGAUAUUUCUACAAAAAUACACCAAGAAGCAAUUGAAACUGAAUUCAUGUCUCAUGAGACCCACAAACUCACUGAGCCUACAGUCUCCUCUCAUAAAACAACCCAAGCAUCACCUGGGCCUGAAGACUAUUCCCCUGAGACAUGUCAACCAUCACCUGGGCCUGAAGACUAUUCCCUUGAGACAUGUCAACCAUCACCUGGGCCUGUAGAAUACUCACCUGAGAUAUGCCAACCAUCACCCGGGCCUGAAGACUAUUCCCCUGAGAAGUGUCAACCAUCACCUGGGGCUGAAGACCAUUCCCCUGAGACAUGUCAACCAUCACCUAGGCUUGAGAACCAUUCACCUGAAUCCUGCCACGAAAUGCCUGGACCUGAAGACCUCUCUAUCAAGACCUGUGAGAACAGUGAUGGGCCUAAAGACUGCCUUCCCGAACAAAGUCAGGAAGCAGGUGGGUCCCAAGGACAGGACCCUAAUGUCUACCAGAACAGUGACGGUGCUUGUUCUUUCUCUCAAGGUUUUACAGAAAUGAAGGAAAAAGCCAAAGCAGAUCAAGAUCCAGAAAGACCAAGUCCACAGGGUUCUCAAGAGAUCUGUCCAGAAGAUGACACCUAUAGCUAUGUUCUGUCUUAACAAUACUCAGCUAUGACGUUGCAAUCCAACUGAACACAGAAUACACAUCUUUGCUUGUAUGAUUUUAUGGAAUCCUUGAAGCAAUUGCUACCAUUUGCAUUACUAUUUCAGCUUGUGUUU